AAGUUGUUUCUCACAAUAGUAUAACACAUCAAUUUCAAGCAAUUAAAUUUACAAAAAGAGUAGUAUAAUCCAUGGGUUCUCUAACUGUUUCCCACAAACUUCCCAUAAUUGAUUUCACAAAGGAGAAUUUGGAACCAGGCACAAAUUCAUGGUCCAAGACACGUAAAGAAGCUGUUUGUGCUCUUGAAGAGUACGGUUGUUUUGUAGCAUUGUACGAUCAAAUUUCAUUAAAGAUCCAUAAUGAUGUUUUUCAAUCACUAGGAAAGUUAUUUGAUCUUCCCACUCAGACUAAAGUCCAAAAUAAGUCUAGCAAACCUUUGUAUGGUUAUGUUGGCCAAAUCCCAUUUAUUCCUCUCUAUGAGAGCAUGGGCAUUGAUAACGCCAAUACACUCGAAGGCAUCCAAAAUUUCACCAAUUUCAUGUGGCCUAACGGGAACAAUGUUUGCAGUCAAGCUUUGUUAGCAUACUCGAAAGCAGCAGCAGAACUAGAAGAAAUGGUGGUGAGAAUGGUUUUCGAGAGCUAUGGUGUAGAGAAGUACUAUGAUUCUCACGUCAAAUCAGUGAACUAUCUAGCUAGAGUAAUGAAAUAUAGAGAAGCCCAAGAACAAGAAGCAAAACUGGGAUUUGUUGCUCAUACGGACAAGAGCUUCAUGUCAACAAUUCAUCAGAAUCAAGUUAAUGGUUUGGAGAUCAAAAGGAAAGACGGUCAGUGGUUCGGAGUUGAGCUUUCCCCUUCCUCCAUCGUCGUCAUGGCUGGCGACGCAAUCAUGUCAUGGAGCAACAAUAGGAUAAAAUCUCCGCAUCAUAGAGUGAUGAUGGAAGAGACAGGAGCAAGAUACUCUAUUGCACAAUUUUCUUUCAUGGAAGAUUCCGUAAUGGUUGAAACACCAAAAGAGUUGGUUGAUGAGGACCACCCUUUACAAUUCAAGUCAUUCAACCAUCUUGAUUAUCUUCAUUUCUUUAGCAAAGAAGAGAACAGAAGGCUCGAAUGUGCUCUCAAAACCUAUUGUGGUGUUUGACCUGCAAAUUAAAUUACUUGUACAUUUUAAUUUCAAGGAGAUAAAAGAGGGGAAAAAAGAAAAAAAAUAAGUUUCAGCUGGUUUAUAAUUAAGUUUCAGUGAAUAUGAUUUGGUGUAAAUAUUGAUUGCGAAUAAGUUUCUUACCAUGAGGUUCAUAUCUCUAUGUAAUUUUUCAAAUAAAAUUGGCACAAAAUUUGGGAA